UUGUUAUAAUUUUGUUUUUCUUUCGACGAGAUUCUGUUCGAUCUCUCGUCGAGAAGGGCAAAUCCGUGCACGAUUUCCGUGGUCAGAUGCGUCCUCCGAAUCUUUUAUAUUUAUGCAAUACUUCUGGGAUUUUGUUGUGCAAUUUGUGGUUCAGAUUUUUUUUUUUCUUUCAGUAUUUGAUGUUGGGCACUUCGAAAUUUUAAGAAACUGUUGUGUUCCUUGAGCUAUUUUUUUUUUCGAAUUAUAUGUGGAUAUUUGAUGUCAGUGAUUGGUGCAAUUGAGUCGGAUCUGAUGAAAGAUUCGGAAUUUAAAGAGGAAAUCUCUGUUAUUUUCCGAAAUUUUCAGCUUUGUUGAUGGAAAGGAGAACGCGGAUUGCCAAGGAUCGAAUCCAUUCUUUCUUUCCUUUGAUUUUUUUUGGUAAAUCCAUUAUUUCUUUCCUCCAAAAUCGAUGUUUUUCUUGAGAUUGAUUUGGUGAUUCCGUCGUUAUGGAAGCAUACAAAGUAUUUAGGAUAAAUUCAUAGUAGGUGAUUAAAAAAAUUCGUUUUUUUGAGUAUUUUUUAUAGUAAUUUUAGUUCUCCUGCACGUGGAUCUCCAUGGCUCUUCUCAAAACCCUAGGUUCUCCUCAUUUUCCCCCAGAAAUAGUUUAAAACCUCUCCCGUGCCUCGAAUUACGGCCGAUCCCCAGGUAUAACCGUCGUUGCUGGCUUCUUACCUUGUUUCCGUUUGCUGUUUUACCAUACGUAAACCACACCUUCCUCCCUGCCUAACAUUCCCCCCACUCCAUUAAAUUCCCUUCCUUUCCAGUGCUGAGGGGUUUGGAAGGAACCCACCCGACCAUGGCACUCUCGUGACAAGGACAGAAGACAAGCAACCAAAACAUCAUUUUUUAUGCAAUAAAGAAAUGGGUAGAAUACACCAUGUCAUCCAUUGGUUAACGCACCCUCUGCGGUUAUCCCGCACCUCCUGCCGAGAGUCCUCGUAUGGUCUGGCUCAGAAGUCAGACCCCGCUGCCUUUCUCGUUAUCCAACGGCCUCCGGGUGCCCGUCAUCCACGUUGCCUGCUGGAAAACCUGGCCCGGUCUGCCUGAUUUGGCCUUCUUGCAAUGAAAUCAGAGUGCCCACUUCCCGUUGAUAGCUGCAAAGCCCAAUUUCCCCCUAUUCAGAUCUCCCUCUCAUUAUCUUUUAUGGAUUUGAGGAUCUGGUGCCGUCGCUGCAGACAGGUUGGUUUAUGAAGAGUCCAUCAAUGUGGUUUGGUUUGGAGGGAAUUGUCGAUGGAUGUUUGUAAAACCGAGCAUCCAAGGGCUGCGACGCAGCAGAAGACAGCCCAGACGGAAGAUACUCCAAGGCCACCGUUGGCCCCUUCUGAGAAGAACAAUGCCGCACCGGCCACCCGCAAGCUGCGGACAAGGGAAAUUGCUUCGAGGUACAAGUCUGGGAUCUCCCCAACUCCUCUUUCAACUCCUACCACUCCAAGGCGGGGCCCAUCCCCCAAUCCAGGAACUUCACUGCCGAAGAGAUCCCAAUCAGCAGACAGGAGACGACCCUCUACACCGUCGACAAGGUCCUCUGUGCCGUCAUCCCCAUUGUCUAGGCCUUCCACACCCUCUUCCCCAUCUUCAAGGUCUACCACACCAGUGCGUGAUGUGGUGACUGAGAUGCAUAACACUUCACGGCGGUUGCUCAGCAGCCGGGCUCCUGAUGGCUUGUGGCCUUCGAUGCGGAGCCUGUCUUCUUCUUUUCAGUCAGAAUCUGUUUCAGUUCCUUUCAGUAAGAGAGACAAGGCAGUUACAAGUUUCUCUUCAGAUCGCACAUUGAAGUCCUCAGCCAAUGUGGCAGCAGAGAGGAAGAGGACUCCUUUGAGAGGGAGGAAUACCUCCGAGCAAUCAGAGAAUUCUAAGCCUUUGGAGAAUUCGCAUGCAAGGGUGAUAGAUCAGCACCGUUGGCCUGCUAUGAUUGGUGGGAAAGUGUCUGCAAAUGCCUUGUCAAGAAGUGUAGAUUUCACUGAUGGAGUCAAAAAAUCUUGCUCUUCAUCAAUUUCCUCUCGAGGAAUUUCACCAAGGAGAACACGCACAUCUGAUAGUGCCGGUAGUGGCCUCCAACAUUCAUUAAGUGAGGUGGCAAGGCGACUGGCUAUUGAUGGAAGUGGAAGAGUACAACGCGAUAUGAGCUUAAGUGUAAAUAACCCUUCACAUCGUUCAGGAAGAUCUUUGUCAACAACACACCCUAGGAGGACUCAGUCGUCACCAAUUCAAGCUUUACAUCGCCCUUCAUCACCGAAUAAGGCUUUAUCAGCAGCAUCCUUAACUACGGGAAUGCUGAGUCCAUCCCGGUCAAGACCAUCAUCUCCAGGAAUAAGACCAUCAUCUCCAGGAAUGCUAAGUCUAUCCCGGUCAAGACCAUCAUCCCCUGUGUCAUCAUCUAGCAGCACAACUAGUCGAGCAGGUGUGACAUCCUCCAUAUUUAACUAUACUGUUGAUAUGCGAAAAGGAAAGAAGAAUGCAAGCCACAUAGAAGAUGCCCAUCAGCUGCGGUUGCUGUACAAUAGGGUCCUGCAGUGGCGCUUUGUCAAUGCCCGAGCAGAUGAGACUCUAUCCAUUCAGAAAAUGAGGGCAGAGAAUAUCCUAUACAAUGUGUGGAAUACGACUUCAAAAUUGUGUGAUUUUGUUAUCAUGAAGAGGAUUGAUGUGCAGCACCUGAGGCAAGAAAUGAAGUUGGCCAUUAUUUUGACAGAACAAAUGGCAUACCUUGAAAACUGGGCGGCAUUGGAAAGAGAAUAUUGUAGUUCUUUAUCAGGGGCAACUGAAGCUUUGAAGGCAAGCACGCUAUGCCUUCCAGUUACAGGAGGCACACGGGCAGACAUGCUUUCUAUGAAGAAUGCUGUUAGUUCAGCAGUUGAUGUCAUGCAAACCAUGGGAUCGUCUAUCUGUUAUUUGCUUUCAAAGGUAGAGGGUACAAAAGCUCUGGUUUCUGAAUUAUCAGGUGUUGCAACCAAAGAAAGAGCGAUGCUUGAUGCAUGUAGAGAAUUAUUAGCUUCAGCUGCAGCCAUGCAGGUGCAAGAGGCCAGCCUUAGAACACAUCUCAUACAGUUGAGACAGGAUGCAUGUAAGCUGGAGUAGCAAGUCAGUUAAGCAACCUCCGAUGAUGAUCAGAGCCCAGUGCUCUCUGUGGCUAACAACUUACUAUUGGUACAGAUAACAUCAUCUGUUAGGCUUAGUGAGUGUAAAUUUGUUUUCUGUGGUUGGGCACAUUCAUAUCGUUUCUUUCCUUUUUCUUUCUCUUUUUUCCUUGUCUUUUUUUCUCCUUAUUCUCUUCUUCUUGCAACAGGCUGAGCUAUAUUCUUUCCCCAUGUAAUUUUUUUAAUCACUCAAAUGGAAAGAAAAAAAUGCAGUGAAAUGAAAGCUAAAGGGUAAAGGAGUCAUGCAGAA